AUGUCCCCCGACCUUCCAGACCGUGGCCCAUGCUCAAACCACAACAACACUUCCAGUACCACUAUUCCCCAGAUUCACGAAAAGCCUGAGGAAUUACUGUUAUUCAAAGCUCAUUAUCACCAUCUCAUUGAACCCCCCGAAGACAUGACCGCUUCUAGAAAGUUCUCAUAUGCGUCGGUCAAAGAAGAAACAGAUGAUGGUCUCCCCCAGUCAUUUGGGUCGUCCCUGUCAUCUCAGGACCUCGAGGAAGUUGAGUGGAUAGCGUGGCCCUGCAGUCAGUGGUGCAAGACCAAGGGUCUGUGCUCGUAUCACUUCAAUGGCUCACACGAGGAUCAUGUCCGGACAAGACUAGAGGGAUAUGCUCGCAACAACCCGAGGAAGUUGGAAAAGAUCCUAGACGAGUUGGAGAAGCGGCGAGCGGCACAGAAGUUGUUCAACCUCCCCUUCGCCAAAGAGAUUACUCGAGUUCAUCCUCGUCCGGCCGACUUCAGUCUCGAGGUAUGGAGAGAGAAGGUUAGGGAUUCUAUCCGACUGGGGGCCGAGUCAGCAAUUAUCGACGACUCCGACGACACCCAGUCUGUGAUUUCGACCACAUCGCGCGAGGGCUAUCCUUUCUUGGAGGCUAUGCCGGAGGAGAUUCUCGAGCUCAUUCUCUCUUAUGUGACGGUUGACCACACGGCAGACCCCUACGCUCGGCCGCAUGUUGACCUGGCGAGCUGUUCACUCGUGUCCAAGAAGAUUCAGGCGGCGGCCGUGCGGGUGUUGUAUCGACAUGUCUCGAUCCCACAAUCAAGAGCCUUUGCCAAACUCAUGCGAAGUCUCAAGACCACACCCCAGCUCGGAGAAUUGGUACAGUGGUUGGACUUUUCUCAUUACUCCAACAUGGGCUUUGGCAGCGCCCGCAACACUCGCAACCAGACGCCCUUCUUGAAGCCCGAGACGCUCAACGCAUGCUUGGAUGUCAUGCCGAACUUGCAAGCAUUCUUGGUCCACGAGCACGUCGACGAAGAACUCGACGCCAACAUCCUCUCCAAACUAUUCAACAUGCCUCUUAUGCAGGCCAUGGACUUUUGUGCCUGCUCCUCUCGUCCUUUUGCAGAGGCCUUUACCUCCGUCACCACGCAACUCUCCACUCCCCUCAAGAGCCUGAAACGGCUGUCAUUGCAUGAAUGCACCACACUGCAAGAACCUGUUUUCGAAUCUCUCCUCCCGCUGCUUGAGAACCUCACCCAUCUGGACGUCGCACAUACCCUCAUCAACGACAAGGCUCUCAUGUCGAUCCCGCACACCGCCAGAAUCACACACCUGAACAUCGAGCGCUGCACGCGACUCACGGGCUCUGGCGUCGUCAAGUUUUUGACUACCCAUCCCGCGGUCAGGGGCAAUGUCGUCUAUCUGAACCUGGCCGCCGACGCAUCGCGGCAUAGACUGCUCUCCGAAGACAACGUCACCCGGUUGCUGCGAUCUUUGCCUCCGAGUCUACGGUCCCUCAACCUGGGCGGUGCCAAGGUCAAUGCCUCACACAUCCCAGCGCUGAGAGUUCUCUCCACGCACCUGGAGGAACUCGGGCUACGUGGCGCGGAUCUCAGCCUGGGCAGCGACAUCGUGCGCCUGUUCAAGCCUUCUUCUCCAUCCGCGCCCUCCGAAGGUGAGGAUCACGUCAUGGACAAGACCUCUGUCGCCACCGCAGCAGCAUCAUCUGAUGACUCAUCGCCCGCCGCCGCGGCGUCACACCACCAGCACCAGCACCAGCCCAGCACGCUGCGCUACCUCGACCUCACGUCCAUCCGCUCCGUCACGCAGCUCUCCCUGUCCUACUCCCCCUCGGCCCUCACGAACAAGGACACCCUGCCCCUCGAGGUCAUCGAGCUCGGCAGUGACGUGUUGCAGGAGAUCAAGCGACGCACCGCGCACGUCCGCGACCGCAGCAAACUCGAGUGGGUCGUCAAGGAGCUCGGCCGACGCGGCUGGUUCGUGCGGCAGCCCGUCCCCGGGUCCAGCGUCGACAACGGCGCCCGGGCCUGGAAGAUGGGCGCGCGCUGGUGGGGCAUGCGCAAGAUCCCCAUGGUCGAGCAGGACGUCGGUGGCAUGUACGGGUAUUUCAUGUUCAAGCGGUCAUGA